AUGUGCACGUUAGAGAAAUUGGGAAAUCUAUUCAUUCUAACAAUCACCGGCGACGAUGAACACAGGUUCAAUCCCUCUCUUAUUGACUCAAUUAAAUCCUCUCUCGAUCGCGUAACGGCGGAAGCAACGGGCAGCUCCGCUCUAAUUACUACCGCUCAGGGCAAAUUCUUCUCUAAUGGCGUUGAUCUCACUUGGACAUUAUCCGAUCCAUCGCACUAUCCGUUGAUAGACUCGAAGCUCAAAUCGCUCAUUUUUCACUUUUUCAACCAUCCAAUGCCGACGAUCGCGGCCGUCACCGGCCACGCUUCGGCAGCCGGAUUUGUCCUCGCGAUGAGCCAUGAUUACGUAGUAAUGCGAAAGGAUCGUGGAUUUCUCUACAUGAGUGAAAUUGAUAUCGGACUAAAAAUUCCAAAUUGGUUUGUGACUUUGGUGAAGAACAAAGUGAAGUCGCCUGCAGCUUGGCGUGAUGUGGUUAUGAGAGGUGCUAAAUUGACUGCUGACAUGGCAAUCGAGCAGGGUAUUAUCGACUCCGCGCACCACGGUGCAGCGGAGACGAUGAAGGAGGCUAUAAAGCUUGGGGAGGAGUUGAUGGAGAGGAAAUGGGAUGGGAAAGUUUACGCACAUAACAGGAGGCUUGUGUUUUCUGAUGUUUUGGUUGCGCUAACUAAUGAAACGGUAUCUAAAUUGUAA